AUGGAGAUCAGCAUCGUCCCUCGUCUGUUCUGGUCUCCUCUCGCGGUCCUCUUGGCUAUGGUUGGCACCACCUUUUACAUUCUGGGCUCCGCUGCUCCGGUCCCAACUCGUCACGUCGGACCCAUUGCUAGUACCCGCACAACCUUCUUUCCAAUUCCUAUCAACGUCCGCCAUCCAGUUGUCACCCCUGUCAUUUACGAGCGCGACUUUCUCACUGCUAUCGCUCUUAAAGAACCCGAGUCCGAGUCUGUGAACGGUAUUGAGUUGUCCAAGCGCAGAGCGAUGGUCUAUGGGAAGCUUGAAUUUGUCGGCCAUCCAAAAUAUUAUACGCAUGACCUUCCUCCCAUUGCCUCGCCUGACGAUGAGAACCCCCAGCAUUAA